AAAAUGUGAGAUAAAAAAAAGGCUGAGAUUCAAACGCCCGCACGUCUGCUUCCUCACGGUAACAAUCACACAAUGUUUACAUUGAAAGACAAAGUUACACAGAAGCUCUCACGUCUCUUUGCCGAUGCACCCAACUCGCCGUCUUCUUCUUCUCUUCCUUCCCCACUCGACGACAACGAUCAUCCUCCUGAGGCCAGGCUGUAUUCUACAGGGGGUAAAUAUUUGCCUUCAUACUUUUCCUGUCCAUCGGUAGGCUUUGGUGGAUCCACUUCAAACAAGCAUCAAUCAACAAUUGUUAGUAGCGGCAACUUUGAAUCCCAAGAUGAAUCCGUUCAUAGAUAUGUAGAAUGUCGUUCCCCACCAGGUGAGAACAAGGAAACAGAAAACAAUUGUGAAAACGAUGAUGACCGUGCUUCUGGAGGGAGCACCAGUGGUUCUGAGGUAUUUGAAGAAGCAGCUGACCAGCAGAGUCUACAGAAGCAACUACCACUUCUCAUGGAUGACUCGGUCUUUAUUUCCUCAGACCUGCAUGAAUUCUUACUGUCGUCACUUCCUAAUAUAGUGAAAGGGUGCCAAUGGGUUUUGCUGUAUAGUACGGCGAAACAUGGUAUAUCACUGCGCACACUUAUCCGCAAAAGCUCUGAGCUUUCUGGUCCUUGUUUGCUGAUUGCUGGAGAUAGGCAAGGUGCUGUAUUUGGUGGACUUCUAGAGGGGCCCUUGAAACCCACGUCAAAGAGAAAAUAUCAAGGAACAAACCAAACAUUUGUUUUCACGACCAUAUAUGGAGAACCAAGGCUGUUUAGGCCAACAGGAGCCAACCGGUAUUAUUACAUGUGUUUGAAUGACUUGCUAGCUCUUGGGGGAGGUGGUAACUAUGCUCUAUGCCUAGAUGGAGAUUUGUUAAGCGGAACAAGCGGAUCAUGUGAAACAUUUGGGAACUUAUGCUUGGCGCAUAACGGAGAAUUUGAGUUGAAGAAUGUUGAGCUUUGGGGUUUUACACACGUGUCACGGUACCUUACAUGAUACAAGACGAAGACGAUGUUAUGCAUUUGUAUCUGUUGGUGAUCACAUUCUUUAUUCUUGUUAUAGUUUGCACCAUUCAACACAGGAGAGGUUUGAUUAACGUGGGAUGAAAUACUUUUGGAAAGCUAUUAGAUUUGAAGCUGUAAUUUAUGGGGUUUAAAUUCAAUUUGUGCAACAAUCAAUGUCUUAAAGAUCUAAUUUUCCCUUAA